GAGAGAACCUUUGUGUUACGUAAAUCAUAGCACUGACGCGUCGGCUGAGGUUGGGAUUUUGUGCACCCCCAUCAUCUUCAUAGCUCUUUCAUACCAACGGCAAAUUAACUUCAUCCAAUACGAUGGCCGACUCAGGAACCUUACUUGCUUUCAAAGCUGGAAGAGCUUUCAGAAGAGAAGGCACCAAUUUUGUUGAUCCCUCUCCUGCGAAGGGCGCCAUUCUUCUUCGCAGAGAAGAUGAUCUGUUGCACCUAAUGUGGAAAAAUCGUACCUCUAACGAAGUCGAAGAGGAUCUCAUAUUAUUUCCUUCUGACGCUACAUUUCUCAAAGUAUCUCAAGCUCCAGGUCGAGUCUAUGUCCUCAAGUUUUCCUCUUCAAACCAGAGACACUUUUUCUGGAUGCAGGAUGCCUCCUCCGUCCGGGACGAAGAAUUCGUGAACAAUGUGAAUGGGUUUUUAAUGGACCCUGACUAUGAAGCCUCUUGGGGUUCUUCAUCACAACCUUCUACUUCUACUUCAACUGCUGGCGCUUCUCAAUCUUCCGCGCCUUCUAACUUCCAAGCCACGCCUGAACAGUUGGCUCAACUCCAGCAAUUGUUGACCUCCGCUGUUGGAAGCGGAGCUGCUCCGCCUUCUAAUGUGUCCUUGAAUAAUAUUCUCACCCCCGCGAACAUUACUCCGCUAUUCACAUCCCAUCCUGAUCUCAUUCCGACCCUCUUUCCUCACCUCCCUCCGGAUUUACCAAUGCCUCCUUCCCCUGAGGUUUUGCAGCGAAUAAUAAGCUCUCCGCAAUUUCGUUCGGCCGUGUCCAGUUUCGACCAAGCGCUCAGAACUGGUCUUUUGGGAGGCCUCGUUCGUGGACUUGGCUUGCCUGAAGAGGCGGGCACUGGUAUUGAACCGUUUUUGAGAGCGAUACAAAGUCAGGCUGAAUCAGAAAGAGGAGAAGAUACUAUGGACACUGAUUGAAGAGCUUCUUUGCGCCUCUGUGGACUGUAGUUUGUUGUCAAUGUGUUUGUUCAUCUAGUACGCCUAUACAGACUGGUAUCCUCUUCAGACUUUGUAUAUGGCAGGUGAAGUUUGCACAAUGAUAAGUAAUACUGGCUGUGUGCAGGGUGAAAAAUCAAAAUCCCUAUAUUCGCAGAUGCCACGAGGUCACCCAGCAAAUGAGCACCACAUGUGAGCCAUACUUGAGCUCCCUCCGAGCCGGACGAAGGAGGCCCACAUGCGAAUGCAUGUUACGUAGGAGUCGAGCGC